AUGGCGACUAACGCAACUCUGGACAGUGUCUUAGCUACUAUGCUUUCCAUGCUCAAGGAACUCAAAGACCAGAGAGAUGCUUCAAUGACCGCCACUUCUACUCCAUCCAAAGAAGUAGCCAUGGAAGCGCUUGCCCGAGGGAUUUUGACCUUCACGUAUGACCCUGAACAAAAUCUCACAUUUGAUACUUGGUAUCAACGGUAUCGCUCCACUUUUCUUGAGGACGGGAAAAAUCUGGACGAUUCGGCGCGCGUGAGGCUUCUUCUGAGACGCCUUGACAACCAGGCCUACGAGAGAUAUGCUAGUAACAUCCUGCCACAGACGCCAGCUGAUAAAACUUUCAAGGACACUGUGGCAUAUCUCACCAAGCUCUUCGGGAAAGGUGAAUCUCUUUUCUGCACCCGCAGAAAAUGCCUCCAACUUUCCAUUAAGGAGUCAGACGAUUUAGCUACUCACGCUGGCAUCGUAAAUCGCCACUGUGAAGAAUUCCGUCUGAGGGAGUGCACACCUGACCACUUCAAGGCUCUGAUAUUUGUGCUGAGCCUACAAAGUGACAAAUAUCUCCUUGUCCGGGAACAACUGCUCACAAAAUUGGAAACAGAAUCUCCGGAAACAAUCAACCUGGAAUUCAUGUUGGAAGAAGCCAAGCGUCUCCUGAAUGUGAAAAAUGAUUCCAAGGUGGAAAAUCCAUCAGUCUCAGUGAGUAGUGUUCAGAAAAGUGGCAUCCGGAAAGAGCGCCCACCAAGGCCAUGUUAUCAGUGUGGGUCAAUGCACUUUGUGAGAGAUUGUCCCCACUCUGAAUCCAAAUGCCUUGACUGUGGUAAAACGGGGCACAAAACUGGCUAUUGUCCUCCUCAACGGGACCCUGGGCGACAAAAUUCAAAGUCAUCCAAGCAACAAAAGAAGAGUCGACCAAAGAGCAAAGGGAAAUCAUAUGCCCGGACGAAUGCAAUUUUUUCUCCUCGACAAUUUGGCAGAAAAUUUCUCAUUCCCCGGAUCAAUGACUGUGCAUUGGAAUUCCAACCGGAUUGUGCAGCUGAUAUCUCCGUGAUCUCACGUGAGUCUUGGGAAAUUCUUGGGAAGCCGUCACUCUCCCAAUCAGCCAUCAGCGUGCGUGAUGCUCAGUCACAGCAGAUUCCCAUUGAUGGAGAAUUUAAAUGCCACGUAAGCAUUUUGGACAAAGAGAUCGUGAGUAGAUGCCUCGUGUCACCCAAGACACGAACAAAUCUCUUUGGAAUCGAGUGGAUUGAGGCCCUAGGAUUGUGGGACAUUGCCCCUAGCAAGUACUGCAAUUCCAUCAAGCGCGAUUUGGACACAUCAGAAGCUGUCAGGGAUCUCCAGAAAUUAUUCCCGGUCGUGUUUGGUACAGAGAUUGGUCUGUGCAUGAAAGCCACAGCCACCAUUCACCUGAAGCCCAAUUCCACUCCGGUGUUCCGCCCCAAGCGUCCUGUGGCGUACCACAUGACCUCUGCAAUCGAUGAUGAGCUCCAGAGAUUGCAAUCCUCAGGGAUUAUCUCACCAGUUGAGUACUCUGAGUGGGCUGCACCGAUAGUUGUCGUGAAGAAACCCAACGGAAGUCUGAGAAUUUGUGGGGAUUACUCAACGGGGUUGAAUGAGUCUGUGGAGACUAACCAUCACCCAAUCCCUGAACCGGAUGCCUUGUUCAGCAAUCUCUCGAACAAGCGACUGUUCAGCCACAUCGAUCUCUCGGACGCCUAUCUCCAGAUUCCAGUUGAUGAGGAUUCGAGCAAAUUGUUGACGAUUCACACGCCUCGCGGCCUCUAUCGUUUCAACAGACUACCUCCUGGAAUCCGAAGUGCACCAGGCAUCUUCCAGGGAAUUGUCGAGAGGAUGCUGCAGGGAAUUCCUGAUGUGGUGUCCUACUUUGAUGAUAUUUGUGUCGCUAGUGCCACUCCCGAGGAACAUUUCUCCACACUGAAGAGAGUUUUUGAGCGUCUGCAAGAGUUUAACUUCAGAGUCAAAUUGGAGAAAUACAAAGACGGGCUUCGACCAGACCCUGAGAAGAUCAAUGCCAUCAAAAUGAUGCCUGCCCCGAAGAAUGUUCAGGAACUGCGUAGCUUCCUGGGAGCAAUCCAAUUCUGGGGGAAAUUUGUCCAAUCCAUGAGUGAACUCCGAGCACCUUUGGACUACCUGCUCAAGAAAGGUGUGAAAUGGAGGUGGACACGUGAGUGUGAGGAAUCCUUCAAUCGCUUCAAGGACAUUCUUGGCUCAGAGCUCCUACUCACUCACUAUAACCCUCAACUUCCCAUAUUAGUUGCAUCCGAUGCAUCGUCGCACGCAAUUGGUUGCGUCGCAUAUCAUGAGUUUCCGGAUGGCACUCAAAAAGCAUUUUAUCAUGCCUCAAGGAAGUUGACGGAUACUGAAAGUCGGUACAGCCAGAUUGAAAAAGAGGCAUUGGGCAUCAUUUUCGCCGUGAAGAAAUUUCAUAGAUUCAUCUAUGGAAGACAGUUCACGCUACUCACGGAUCACAAGCCUCUUGUGUCAAUUUUUGGCAAUCACAAGGGUAUUCCUGUGCACACAGCCAAUCGCUUGCAAAGAUGGGCAUUGAUCCUGCUGGCAUACGACUUCACUAUCAAGUACACGGCUACUGAUCGUUUUGGGCAUGCGGACAUUCUCUCCAGGCUGAUAUCCUCUCGUCGACAGCAGCAGGAUGAUGUUGUGAUUGCAGAGAUCCGCGCAGAUGAAGCCCAGGAUGAUGCCGUAGUUCGAGAUGCAGCAUCACAACUUCCCGUGAGCUUCAAGAUGAUCCAGAAUGCCACGAAGUCUUCUGAAUCUUUCCAAGAGGUCUCGAAGUUCAUCACUGGUGGAUGGCCAUCUUCCACAAAAGCCAUCAAAUCUAGGGAAGUAUUGCAAUUUUACAAGAUACGUGAUGCUCUUUCUCUGAUCAAGGGUUGUGUGUUUUACAGGGACAGACUGGCAAUUCCUGAGAGCUUCCGGCCAAAAAUCCUCCAGCAACUCCAUGAGUCUCACCCAGGGAUGUCAAGGAUGAAGUCUCUGGCACGAGGAUAUGUCUACUGGCCUGGUCUCGACGAUGCCAUUGAGAAAAAGGUCCGGAAUUGUAUGGAUUGCGCUCUCGCCAGCAAGUCCCCUGUAAAAACACCCCUUGCAUCUUGGCCACUUCCAUCUCGUCCAUGGCAGCGAUUGCACAUGGAUUAUGCUAAAUACAAAGGGGAAUAUUUCUUCCUUGUUGUUGAUGCAUUUUCUAAAUGGCCUGAGAUUUUCAAGACACGCUCAAUGACGACCGCCCACACCAUCUCACGACUCCGUGAAAUUUUCGCUCGUUUUGGCCUUCCGGAGACUUUGGUGAGCGACAACGGGACACAGUUUGUCAAUGAGAUGUUCAGCCAUUUCUGCAAAAUCAACGGGAUUGUCCACCUUCGAACAACUCCUUACACUCCUGCGAGCAAUGGACAAUGUGAGCGUCUUAUAGACACAUUUAAGCGCUCUCUUGAGAAGCAAAAGAAUUCUCAGCAAUCGCUGGAUGAUGCAUUGCAACAAUUCCUUGCCAAUUAUCGAAUUACGCCCAAUGAAAAUGCACCUGAAGGAAGGUCUCCGUCCGAAAUCAUCUUCUCAAGAAAAAUCCGUACAAUUUUCGACUUGCUCCGAGACACACCUGAGGAGCCAAUUCGUCGAAAUGAGAAGAUGGAGGAAGAGUACAAUCGUCGUCACGGUGCCAAGAAGCGAAUAUUCGAGAAGGGGGAGGAGGUGUAUGCGAAAAUAUUUUCGCCAGGUGGAAGUUUCAAGUGGACUCCAGGAGCCCGGCCAUCAGUGCCAUUUGAAGAAUCCUCCCUCCGAAGCAAAAGGAGGAAAACACAAGAGUUGAGAAUAAACUACAGUUCAGAAGAAUUGCAGUUCUCAGCAAAUAUGCGUGCACGAGUAGAGGGGAAAUUGACAAAACAGUCGGGGUUUGAGGCCAGGCCACUCUCUAAAAGUGAGGCCUUGGCCAGAUAUGUAGAAGCGAAGAUGACGAGGCACUCUUACAACAUCUUUUACGAACCUGCCAAGUCGAUCUAUCCACCAUACAAAAAAAUUCAAGAAGCUAAAAAGCUGUGCUAUCUUCCACAAAGCAGCAGUAGUGUUUCGGAGACCGAGUGUCUCUUGGACUAA